AUUUAACCAGUUGACUAUAUUUUUGUUAUAAUAUACAUACUUGUUAGAAAUGUCAUUCUUAUCAGAAACGAUUGAUUUAAGUAGUCUGACAACCGAGUCGGACAAAGAAUUUGAUGAAGAUUACAUUGGUGGAAUAGCAGACGAAAAUUGGACAAAAACUCAGUUAAAAGUCAUUGACAGACACAAAAGUAAAGGGGCCUUGGCUGAAGCCCAUCUUGGACCAGUGAGCGAAAGAAGUGUUGACAAAUUUAAGAGAAACAUUGGGAAGCUGAAAGCCCUGAAAAAUUAUGCUCCUGUUUUUGGAAAUUUUAUGCAGAAGUAUGCUGCAGUUAACAUUGGUUCUGAGACAAUAGCAAAGGCCUGGAUGAGAGUUACGGAAACGGAAGGGAAAAAUGGUUUUUAUCUAUCUUCAUCGAUUGUCACUUGGGAGAAGAGACUGAGGGCCAAGCUAAAAAAGUCCCAGCUUAUACGGGAGGAGUAUAAACAGAGGGAGUAUGCUGUGCUCGCCCAGGGCUUGUGUCUUCUAGACGACCACAUGUCAUCCAUCACUGGACAGAGUCGGUCUUUCCAACUUGCCGAACGUGUGGACAGAAUUUUCCAGAGGGAAUGGCAACAGUUUUUCGCUGCGGCACGUCAAAAACUGCCCAGUCAGAUCUCAAACAGGGAGAUUGUGAUAUGUCUUAGAGAUAUCUUGAAGUUCUGUUACAAGUUCUGCAUAGAUAUUUCAAAGAUACAAAGAGAGGCUAUCCAGUACAUAGUUCUCCUAGUCCCAGCCCCUGGUGGAGCAGGUACUGAUUCAAGGGAAGUAACUCCUGUUAGAAUAAAUCAGGGUAUGGAGCUCACUGUUAAGGAGCUACUAGUGUCUGCCACAUCCAAGAUAUUUCCGGUAGUGUUUCAGGAAAUGAAACAGCGUAUCAAUACAGAGAAAGACCUGGACCUUCUCAUUCAUUUGUGGCAAAACUGGAAACCCCCCAUUGUAGCCUACCUGAAAAAAUGUACUGAAAUAUGCUGGUAUCUACAGACACAACAGCCUGCAAUAGCCCUCGACUUUAGUGGGAAAACUCCGCGGCACUUCACAAAUUACACAGAGGAGUCGGAGGAUCUGGAUUUUGUUAUCUGGCCAGCAGUGUUACUCAGUGAGGAUGGACUUAUGAUAUCUAAGGGCACAGCACAGUAUUUGAGCUUUCCUGCAGAUGCUAGAGACACUGCUAAGAAACAUACUUGGGAAGAUGACCACAUCUAUUACUAUACAACUGACUAAUAUUUUAGAUCAUAGACAUGUGUAUGGCUAAGAUGUGAA